AAUUUUUUAGGUUAUACGCUAUAAAACCUAAAAAUAAAGUUUUUCUAUCUUCUUCAUACUUUAAAACUUGUAAAAAAUGAAUGAACUUGAAGAAGCGGAAAAUACACUAAACACUGGAGAAAGUGAAUCAGAGGAUCGAUUGACCAUGUUAAAUAUAACUGAAAAGUUGUCCUCGAUGCCUGACGUUUUAGAGUACAUCCAAGGGUUGGAAAAGUUAAUUGUUAGACAUGAAAAGAAAAUUAGAAAACUUCAAAGAAGACUUAAAAGAAAAGAAACGAAAGAAAUUGGUGUUCAAACUGAAAAUGACUCCCCUAAAAAAGGUUUAACAGAAGAAAUUACAGAAGCUGCUCAAUCAGCUAUGAUUAAAUCUGGGUUUGUUUAUGAAGAAACUUCAGGGUUAUACUACGAUUAUAAUUCUGGAUAUUAUUAUAAUGCGGAGUAUGGUUUGUAUUAUGAUGGAAAUACAGGAACAUACAUGUCUUAUGACAAUGAAAAACAAGAAUAUGUUUUUCAUUCUCAAGUUGAGCCCCAAAAAAACAAAGAGGAGUGUACUCAAGAAACUUUUGAGAAUCAUAAAAGACAUAAAAACCAAAGGAAAGCACAAGAGCGGAAGAAAAUCAAGAAAAUCAACCAACAACAGCUAAAAGAUGAACAGCAAGAUGUUGAUUUAGAAGAAGGGGAAUGUUCGGAUUUGUCAGAAAACCAGGAAGAUUUCAGUGAAAGUGAUAUAGAAAAUAAUGAUAUUGAUAUUUCAACAAAUUAUCCACCAUGUAUUCGGAUAAUAAUCGAAGAAACAUCAAUACCAUCAAUAAAACAAGGUUCCUUAUACAUCAUAACUUACGAAGGAGGCACAUUAGGUCGUGAAGGCAAACACGACAUCCUCCUCUCAGACAUUAACGUUAGCAAACACCACCUUCAAUUUAAAUUUGAUCAAAAUGAAGAGAAAUACUUCCUCACUGACUUAGGAUCAAGGAAUGGCACCAUUUUAAAUGGAAAACGGAUGUCUGCGUCAAAACAAGAAUCUGACCCAAUGGAAAUUGUACAUGGUGCAAAAUUAAUAAUUGGGGGAACUACAAUGACAUGUCAUAUCCAUCGUGGUAGUCAAACAUGUGGAUUAUGUGAACCUGGGUUGAUACAGAAAGUCGAUGAAGGGGUUAAUAAGGGAGUUGGUGGUGGGGAUAAAAUAAGUAUGCAUAAAGCAGAAUUAAAAAAACUUAAGAAAAAAUUUGCAAUGGGAAAAUCAAGUGGUGAAUUGGCGGCAGGAUAUACAGAUCGAGCUCAAGCUCGAAGAGAAACUGUUGGGAGUCAUAAUGAAAAUGAGAAGACUCAAAGUGCAUCAUUAAAUCAAUCAAUAAGCAGUGAAAAUAAAGGUUUUAAAUUAUUAUCAAAAAUGGGUUGGAGCGAAGGACAAUCAUUAGGAAAGGAUGGAACGGGAAGAAUUGAUCCUGUUGAAUUAAUUUCAAAUCCUGGAACAGCAGGAAUCGGUAGCUUUGACCACAAUAUUCCGAUAAAUCCAAAAGGAGAAAAGUCUGAUAUAUGGCUUAAAACUCAAGAACGUUAUCAACAAAUACCUGAAAAUAAAGACAAUGAUUUUUAAUUAAUUUUUUACUUUUCAUAAAUAUUAUAAAUAAU